CAAUGUUACGUCGUCAGGACGAAUAUGGGAAUCACAAAGUUAUGUCCCUGGAACGCGUCGUGGCAACGAAUAUGGUCCGGUCCAGGUACAUCGUCACAACGUAACUGUGUUAGCUGGGUUUACUUUUCCGUCUUAUUUGGGGGUGAAAUAUGAAUUCAACAUUUCUUAAACCAUGCAGCUAACGCAAUUUAGCUUUUUCAUUCACAGAUUGCGAUUUGUCUCAGAGACGUCCAUUUGAGCAUGCGCAUAACAUUACGUCAGUCAUGUUUGCAUCUUCUGUUGGCUGCUAAAUACAAAGGACAGCUGCAUUCAUUUCAAUGUUGAUCCAAUUUACACAACCAGUUUAAGUUGUUAUAUAGGUAGUUUGCAACUUUAUUUAAUCAUGUUUAGAGAAUUUAAGAAUUAUUUACCAUCCGCGAGCAUUUGCAUUGUCUUAUUUACACUUGUGUACGCUUCACAGUCACGCGUGGCAUUUGUACCAAAUCCCUCGAGGGAUCCGACUUCAACAUUGAACAGGAGUUUUGAAACUUCUUUUCACGAAACUGCUCUCAAACGCCCCGAUUCGCCUUAUUUACAACUUCCCAUAUUCCAGCAUUCUCGAGUACCUCUUCUGGACAAAGAACAGUUUUCUCCCGCGCAUGGAUCGGGUCGCGAGGAACUACCGGAAGGCACGAAAAACGUUCUCAUCCCUCCCGUCGGCGCCGCGCAACAAGCGUCCCAUCGCAGCAGUCGAUCGCGCGGAAUAAACGUCGCUUGUUACUUGAAGAAAAUGAUUGUUCGAGUUAACAAACAGAUUUUAGGACCCGAAGUCCUUGAGGGCAAAUUAAAACUGGGCACGUGUGACAUCAGCAAGACUACGAGGAAAUAUCAUCAGUUUAUUUACGACAUGGAUCAGUGUGGCAGUAAGAGGAAGUUGAUAAAAAACAGAGUUACUUAUUCCAACGUACUGCACUUUCCAGAGAUUUCCCCGGGUCCAAUUCGCCGUGCCAUGCCUUUCUCGAAUGAAAUUGAGUGUCACUUUAACAGGUAUCAUUACUCGUACAAAAUUGGUUUCAUGCCCCAAGUAGAAUAUCAGAGCUACUUCAGACCCCUGAAAACAACGGACAGUGUUGUGCUCACGCCCCGUGAUGCUAUGUGGAAACGGUUGUCCCCCACUGAAGCUUACACCAUUGGUGACUCCAUGUACUUUCAGGCAGACGGUCCCCCUCUUGCUGAGGACGAGAGGCUUUUCGUGGAUUCCUGCUAUGUGACUUCUGACAGUUCUCAUUUGUCCAUGCCUCGAUAUACAGUCAUCGAAAACCACGGGUGCAUGACUGAUAGUAAAAGCAGUAGAUGGUCCAGAUUCAUACAAAGUGAAGAAAGGAGCAUUGUGCAGUUUUCUUUGGAGGCUUUUCUGUUCCGUGGGAUGAUUGGAAAGCAUCUGUACAUGCAUUGUGACAUAUAUGUGGGAGGUAUAAAUCCAACACCAAGUUCAAAGUCGUGCACCUACAACCAGGCAACAAAACGAUGGGAAGAGUUAUAUGGUGUAAAUUCUGUGUGCUCGUGCUGCGACACCAACUGUCUGGGUUCUGAUCUGUCUGUGACCAGUAUCAAGGUGAUCACCAGUGAUAUCUGGACCAUGGAAUCUGAUUUCAAAAUUCUCGAGGAAGAACAAACAUCAACUUUAAUCUCUCCACCUUCAAUAGAGGUGGAUGUAGGCAUGGUCCAAACAAUAGCCACGUUGGCGCCUGAUGCAGGCCAACAUUUUUAUGUGACAGGACUGGCUGUGAUGGAGAAAGAAGAUGAAUUUGUAGAGCCACGCAGAAUAUUUGAGGAGGUAUUUGGACUGGACUGAACAAGGAGCAUUUCAGGUCAUGAGUGAAACAUUUGAUUUAAUUGCACUUGAAAUGGUAAUAAAUCGCAGCAUGCAAAUCAUUUUGAUUUAGGUAAUGCCGUAGGAUCUUCUAAUUGCUUUUUUGCUCUCUGACUCAUGUCUUGCACCUUGUAGGUAUUUCUAGUUGUAUUAGGAGAUAAGUUAUCUCCAUCCUAAUGUUUGAUUGAGCAAUAAUUAAAACUUGAGAAUUUAUGUUGGUAUUAUUAAAAGCUUAAGAUAAAUUAAAUUAAUAAUGUAACUGCUUUGUGAAGUGUUAUUUUGUGUUUAAAAGGGAUACAUACAUUGUUGCGUUGCUUGUAAGGGAGGUGAGUGAAGAUAUAGAAAUUACAUACACAGUCAUUGCAAAGACACGUACAGACGCAAACUCGUGGCAGGCGGUGCGAAUCGGGCAGCGCGAUUGCCGUGAACGCGCGUCAAUAUCAUCUUAUGCUGGGUUCACAC